GAGCCUCUGUAGCCCCGCCCGGGCGCCCGGCCGGGGGCGGCCCCGCCGCUCAGUGGCCGCGGGGAUGGUGGGGCGGGCGGGAGCCGCAGCGCCCGCAGCCCGGACGGCGCCCAGCGCGGCGAGCCUCGGCCGGCCAGCAUAAAUAUGGCUGAACUUUCAGACCCAGAAGGUACUGUAAACUGGAAGGAAAGAUGUUUAACUCUGGAGUCACAGUUGAUGAAAUUUCGUCUCCAGGCAAGCAAGAUCAGAGAAUUGUUAGCAGAAAAGAUGCAGCUGCUUGAGAAACAAGUUCUAGAUGCUGAUCGUCAAGCAGAGAGAGCUUUUCAGCAGGUGCAGGUCAUGGAAGAAAAAUUGAAAGCAGCUAAUGUUCAAACAAGUGAAUCAGAAACCAAGCUGUAUAAGAGAUGUCAAGAUCUGGAGAUGCUGAUACAAGAUAAAAAUGACAUAAUACAAAAAUUGGAGCAACAACUUGAAGAACAGAAACAAAUAAGACUGCAAGAAGCAAAAAUCAUAGAAGAAAAAGCAGCUAAAAUAAAAGAAUGGGUAACAGUCAAGCUUCAUGAGUUAGAGGUGGAAAAUCAGAACCUCCGCUUGAUCAACCAAAAGCAAACCAAAGAGAUGAAAACAAUACAGUCUAAACUGCAAGAAGCUACGGGCAAGAAAUCUGUUACUUCAGCACAAAAACCCGGAGAGUGUCAGCGACUAAGCAGUUUGACUUUUGGAUGCUUUUCAAAUAGAGCAAGAAGUCCUCAACCAUCUCCCAAGUUUGACGAAAUAAGGAAGUCUUCAUCUAAAGAGUCAGACUACACUGAAGGCAAAAACAUGCUAGAGAAGGAUAUCCUGGAAACUACUUUUGCUGGUCCUGCACACGAGACCAGUAAAGGUCAGAAGUCAGUGCAACAAAGUUCCUUAGGAUCAGAACAGAAAAAAAAUUCAAGAAGGAACUGUUCAUCUAAUAUCAUAGACAGCAACAUGUCAAAGAACUCCUGUACCACUGGGAGUGACUGGAGCUCAGAUGAAGAUGGAGGAGACAAUAAAGGACUGAAAUCGAGGUGUGCAUCCACUCUCUCAAGCCACGCAUCUGAAGAGAAUGCAAGGUACAGUAGAGUGGGAAGUGAAAUGUAUUUGACUGCAUCUGAUGACAGUAGUUCUCUAUUUGAGGAAGAAAGUUUCGAUGUUCAGAGGACUCUGCACAAGAAGUUAUACUCCUGGCAGCAAGGGUCCCAAAGAAAAGGCCAGAACAAUCCAGGUGGGAAGUGCAACUCUGACUUCACAAGUGAAAAGAAAGACCAAGAUAGUUCUUCAGAUGAACUGAAUAAGAAAUUUCAGUCUCAGAGGCUAGAUUAUUCAUCCUCAUCCAGUGAGGCAAAUACCCCAAGUCCAAUUUUAACCCCUGCUCUAACACCCAAACACCCAAUUCUAGCAACUUCUGCAGGCUCUCAAUGCACAACACCAUCAAGUUCUCCCUCAAAUUUGCCACCUCCAAAGUUACGGACUCCUAAUAUGUUUAGUAUAAAUUCAGUAUUAGCAAAGAAACAUCUAAGUCAGCCCCAGCUGAGUUCUGACAGAAUGUUUGGUAGAAACAGAAAUGCCAUAAGCAUGAUACGUCCAUGGAGACCUCAAGAAACAGACAUUGAUCUGGUGGAUGGAGAAGAUGGUGAUAUUUUAGAGAAAAUGGAGAUUGGCUGUGAUGAAGGAGUGUUUAUCUAUGACUGCACUGAAUCAGAAAAUGCUGAAGCCCAGGAACCUUGUGACAAGACAAAAAAAGGUGCUAGCAACAAACCUCCAACCCCUCCAUUACAUCGAUUUCCUUCCUGGGAAAGCAGAAUUUAUGCUGUGGCCAAAUCUGGUUUAAGGAUGUCUGAAGCUUUCAGUAUGGAAUCUCUUAACAAAAGUGCUGUUUCACUAUCUUCAUACUCCAUAUCUGGGUUAUAUACAUCUCUGAUAUAUAAGAACGUGACCACUCCUGUCUACACCACUUUGAAAGGGAAAGCAACUCAAAUAAGCAGCAGCCCGUUUAUAGAUGAGUCAUCAGGAUCUGAGGAAGAAGACAGCUCUCGAUCCAGCUCAAGGACUUCUGAGUCUGAUUCUCGAAGCAGAAGUGGCCCAGGUAGUCCUCGGGCUAUGAAACGAGGUGUGUCUUUGUCCUCUGUGACCUCUGAAAGUGACUAUGCUAUCCCUCCAGAUGCAUAUUCAUUAGAUACAGACUGUUCAGAACCAGAGCAGAAACUACCUAAGACCUCUUCCUCAUCUAGUGAUAGUGGAAAAAAUGAACCUUUGGAAAAAUCUGGAUACCUGCUAAAAAUGGGUGGUAAAGUAAAGACCUGGAAACGACGGUGGUUUGUGCUUAAAGGAGGAGAAUUACUGUACUACAAAUCUCCAAGUGAUGUCAUUCGAAAACCUCAAGGUCAAAUUGAGCUAAACGCAUCUAGCCACAUUGAAAGGGGUGAUGGAAAACAAACAAUUCAGCUGACCACAGAAAAACGAACGUACUACUUGACUGCAGAUUCUCCAAACAUCUUAGAAGAAUGGAUCAAAGUGCUGCAGAAUGUUCUUAAAAUACAGGCUGCAAGUCCACUUUUCAUACAGCCUGAAAUCAAGCCAACCAUGAAAGGAUUACUUACAAAGGUGAAACAUGGAUAUUCCAAAAGAGUUUGGUGUACCCUUGUUGGAAAAAUUCUGUAUUAUUUCCGUAAUCAAGAAGACAAGUUUCCUCUUGGUCAAAUCAAGCUUUUUGAGGCAAAGGUUGAAGAAGUUGAUAGGUCAUGUGAUUCUGAUGAAGAUUAUGAGGCUAGCGGUCGCAGUUUACUAUCAACACAUUACACUGUUGUUAUCCACCCCAAAGAUCAAGGACCCACUUAUCUUCUUAUAGGAUCCAAACAUGAGAAGGACACGUGGCUUUAUCAUCUCACAGUUGCAGCUGGAAGUACCAGUGUAAAUGUUGGAUCCGAGUUUGAACAACUUAUUUGCAAAUUAAUAAAUACGGAAGGUGAUACCACUUCUCAGAUUUGGAGACAUCCUACCCUUUGCCACAGCAAAGAAGGAAUUACUUCCCCUCUUACAACAUUGCCAUCAGAAGCCUUGCAAACCGAAGCAAUUAAAUUAUUUAAGACCUGCCAGUUGUUUAUAAAUGCUGCAGUUGACUCUCCUGCCAUUGAUUACCAUGUAUCUUUGGCCCAAAGUGCUUUGCAGAUCUGCCUCACACAUCCUGAACUUCAAAAUGAGAUCUGUUGUCAGCUUAUUAAACAGACUAGACGUCGACAUCCACAAAACCAGGCAGGACCAAUACAGGGCUUGCAGCUCUUGGCUCUCUGCGUUGGACUCUUUCUGCCCCAGCACCCAUUCCUUUGGCUUCUUAAACUUCAUUUAAAGAAGAAUGCAGAUUCCAGGACUGAAUUUGGGAAAUAUGCAAUAUAUUGUCAGCGAUGUGUAGAGCGUACUCAGCAGAAUGGAGACCGAGAAGCCAGACCUUCCAGAAUGGAAAUCCUUUCAACACUUCUAAGAAACCCCUACCAUCAUUCGCUGCCCUUCAGUAUUCCAGUUCAUUUCAUGAAUGGCAUAUAUCAGGUUGUUGGGUUUGAUGCCUCUACAACUGUGGAGGAGUUUCUGAACACCCUGAACCAGGACACAGGUAUGAGGAAACCAGCUCAAUCAGGAUUUGCACUGUUUUCUGAUGAUCCCUCUGGCAAGGAUAUAGAGCACUGUCUUCAAGGAAACAUCAAGAUCUGUGACAUUAUUUCAAAAUGGGAGCAAGCCUCCAAAGAACAACACCCUGGGAAAUGUGAAGGCACAAGGACUGUCCGUCUUACUUAUAAAAAUAGGCUUUAUUUUUCAGUUCAAGUCCACGGAGAGACAGAGAGAGAGAAGCUACUGCUAGUAUAUCAGACAAAUGAUCAAAUAGUCAAUGGACUUUUCCCUGUAAACAAAGAACUAGCGAUGGAAUUGACAGCUCUUUUAGCUCAGAUAGAGAUUGGAGAUUUUGAACGGCCUUUCUCAACUCCAGCAGGGCAAGUCACUUCCCAGUCCAAGUCCAGUCAAACGUUAAAACAAGUUCUGGAGAGAUUCUACCCUAAGAGAUACAGGCAUGGUUGUUCAGAGGAACAACUGAGACAGCUUUGUCAGCGAUUGUCUACAAGAUGGAUGGCUCUCCGGGGACACAGUGCUGCAGACUGUGUGCGCAUUUAUCUCAUUGUAGCCAGAAAAUGGUCUUUCUUUGGUGCUAAAUUGUUUGCAGCAAAACCUCUAGCAACAUCCUCAGCUGAGAAGUCUUUCAUAUGGUUUGCUGUACAUGAAGAUGGCAUAAGCAUCCUAGAUUACAGCUCUAUGCGAUUAACAGUUACAUAUGCAUAUAAGAGUGUGAUGACUUUUGGAGGCUAUCAAGAUGAUUUCAUGCUGGUUGUUAACAACACUCAGACAAAGGACAAAUCAACUGAAAAACACCUUUUUGCCAUGACAAAACCAAAGAUUCUUGAGAUCACUCUACUGAUUGCCAGCUAUAUUAACAACUUUCAUCAGCUGAAAGGAGCUGCUCAUCACCUGUCUGCUCCAGCAUUACUGACACCUCAAAGUGGACAGAAACUCAAGGAAAUGGGAAGCCAGCCACUUCUUGUAAACAACAGACCAACUAAAUGUCCUACUUUGUUAUGAAAGGAUUAUGUAUCCUGAUAAUGCAUCUUUGUUACAGGGUUUCUGUACUAAUUGAAAACUUUCUGAUGUACAAGACAAAGAUCAUAAGCAGGUUCACAAACAAAAGAAAGGCAAGCAGGUUUACAUUCAUUUCAGUGGUAUGUAACAGGAGGAGCCCUUUACUUAAAGCCCAGGCCUGAACUGGAAUGAUGAUGAGCCAAUUCAAGGAUUAUGUUUUACUGUGGGCGGCCUGCGCCUAGAGCUCAAAAAUAAGUGUGUCUGUUGAUAGCGAUGGGGAAGGGUGUCCUUGGGAACAAUUAUAUAGCUUUUAGUAGUUUCCCAGAUAUUUCCUCAGGGACCAAACUGUUCUCAACUCUUCAUCUCUAUUUUUCAAACUUGUGCAAGUUGUAUAACCUUCAUUUGAAAUGAAUUUUUUUUGUUUUUAAAAAAAGGUCCAACACAGAAUAUUUUCCACUUCCAGCGGACCUCCUUAUUUACUAUACAAGUACCAUGGGACUAAAAAGAACAAUUUGUUUGAUUUGUGUAAUUGUUACUCCUUUUAAAAAAUAUAAGCACAUCGUGUAACUAUUAUAAAUCUACAGAGUGUUCUCAUGAUACAUGCUAGCCUUUGUUAUACAGCUAUUUUGCUUGGCAAAUCAUCACCCUUGGUCUCAUAAAUUUCUAAAUAAUCCGUCUCUGCCCCCAGCCUUUUAGAAAAAUCUAAAUUGGUUGAGCAUGGUAUUUAGUAUAGUUUUGUUUAACAAGAUCACAUACCUAAUUUCUUCUUUAAUCCAAAAUAAUAAUAUAACACAGAUGCAAGAACGGUUCAAAAUUGGAAACACAGAAGUACACAAAACAACAUUGCUUAACUGUUGUGAAUAAGCUUAGAAACAUAUGUGACAGAUGAAGUCCAUGUAUAAUGUGUAUAGUGUAUAUACAAUGACUCGGAAUGAUAUUUUGUAAAAGUUGUACUUCUUAUUUUUCAUUUGUAUCUAUACAUUUCAUGUUACAAUACUAAUAUAAUGUCCUUCAUGUUACAAUACUAAUAUAAUGUCCUUAAUAAUAAUAACAUAAUGCUGCACAUUUGCACUAUUGGACCUGGGAGCACUUUCUGGUUGCCUUUUUCGGCUGCAAGCCUCGGUACUACAUAGGGUCAAGUACAUAAAAAGAAAUUACAUCUAUUCUUAAUUCCAAUCCUCAACAUUUUUGUUUCCGGGCAACAAAACCACUUCUGCGGACUCUGAAAUGGAACAGCAGCAUACUCUUAAUAGGCAAUUUAGGUCCAGUCAUAAAGAAGGUAGUCAAACAUAUAUCACUGAUUCAUAUACAUUUCACAAUUUCUGCUUCUGCUUAUUGUAAUGAUCAUGGAUCAUUAAUUCCUUACAGUUAGGCCACAUAAUUUGGGGUUUUUUUAAUUACUUAAAACUGAAGUAAUUUCACAAUGAUAAUUUUUAAUAUUUGAAGGUUGAAAAAUCUUUGGUUUAUGACGUUUAAGCAUCGUAGGUAUAUACAUACUUAUACUGAGAGAAAAGGGAUUUUCAGCUGUUUGCCCUCUAUGAAAUAUAGGGCAUGUACUUGCGAAGAAUUAAAGUAGAUUGGAAAGGAGAUACAGGUUGUGAAAAGAACAUAGUCUUAAAAAGUGGAAAAUUGACUGGCCAGCUGAACUUGGUAAAUACAUUUCUUCUGAAAGCUCUCAAAAUCCCGCCAUAGCUACUUAUGGCUACAGGACUCAAGCACCAUUUUGUGAAUGGCACUGUGGGCCAAUGCUUUGGCUUGAAAAUUACAAGCAAAUAACAAAAAUACCAUGUUUAGAUGCUCCCACAUUCCAAAUGCAGAAAGAUCUUCCUGGUAACUUUUACCCUUUGGUGGUGGCUGUGGCACUAAAUCUCUUUCAGUGAGGCAGAGCUAGCAGCAAGCGGUUUACCUCCUAGUGAAUGGCUGCUCUCCUGCAGUUGUCAAGGAAAGCAAACUGGAAGCUACAAGAGAUCCUGGUACCAACUGCAGCAUCUUUUUGUGCAGCAUGCUAUGUGAACUGAUGCAGGUAGCGUGGUGUAAUUGGGAUAAGAAUUAACAUCCUUUUGUGAUCAGCAGAACAGCUAGCUCUAAGAGAUUUGAGGGGGGUGGGUUGUUCGCAAGUUCAAAACAGAUGCCACUGCAUCAGUUAUACUUGGGUCAUAGUCUAAAGCUUCUCAAAUAUGAUGAUUAGAAACCUGAAUUCACAAAUACAAAAAUCUCCAUGUCACCAUUAAAAUUAUAUUAACCACCAACCUAGAAUACUCCAACUAGUAAUUCUUUCCUAAUUGUCCAGUUUAAAAUGAAUGUGCUGGAUCAGGUUUUAUUAGAAGGCAAAAGAAGUGGAGUGUUUUGCUUGUGAGCUUGUUCAUGUAGUUUUUAAAAUAUUUUUUAAAUAUGGAGACAACAUGACAUACAAUAUAAACAGCUGAUGUGCAGAUUUUGAGUUUUAAACCGUUUUCAUGAACAGCCUUACAAACAGCUCUUUUAUAAAGCAGUAUACAAUCGAAGAAGCAGAGUAUGACCUUCCUGCCUGCUUUUGCGUAGAUAACCAUAGUCAUUGCUUUGCUCUUACUGCUGCAAUAUAUCCCCAUAUCAUAGUGUCAGAAGAAAUCCAUGCCUUUUUUCACUUUUUUUUUUGGCAGCACUUUCCAGACUUAAUAACCCUAACUGCUCCUUAUAGUUCACCAUUAAUCCCAUAAAGCCACUUACCAGAAAUGCUGUGUUAAUUUUCAUGAAAUAAAUGCACACAAUUACUGUGACAACACUACCCUAAACAAUCAAGUUUCUUCGAGGAUUUUGAUUAGCAAGAGUGAGGUUUCCGUAGUGAUAGUAACCUCCUCAAGAAGACACUUCCCCUCCAGUUAACAGUCAACAAAUAAAGUCUUUUACACACAAGCACACUUCAGCAGCUCGGUUUCCAAACACAGCUAUGCAAGUCUCCAGGGGGCUCGCUGCAUGUUAAUAUAGGUCCACAGCUACUUAGAGGAUACUGCACAAUGUAAAACAGCAAAGCCGAAAAUUUCAGACUCCAGGCAGAUGUGUUCUGCCUUCUCUAUCCAGUCCGAGCCUUAUGAGUGAUCCACCAAAACAGUUCAUACUGUGCUACCUAACCCAUGACUGAAGCCCAUGCAGGAAGUAGACCUUUGUCGCUUUCUGAUCUUCAUGGUGGGAGCUGCCAAAUGAGCAGUGGCCUGCAGGAUUGAUGCUGAAAAACUUCCAAUGCUCAAGGCUUGCAGAACCUAGUUGUAAAAAUAUUCUCAGUAUGAGACUAACACGUUGGCACAUGCACGGAGACUUCACCUUCUAUCACAAACUUCAGAGUAUCUUUUGUGCUUUCUUUGAGAUAGUGGUCAGAAACAACAAUUGGUAUAAGUGGACAAUGAAUCUGCUUGACAACAGCUGAAAUAUCACUGGUAACUGUAAACAAAUUGAUUUGAAAAUAAUAUUUGGAAUGCAGUGUAAAUAUAUUACUGGAAUUUCACUUUGCCUUGUCAGGUUUUGUGCACUAGUAUUACAAAGCAAACUGUUCAUUUCUAAUAUAAGAAAGACCUAUUUACUUCUGUAGUACAGCAGACAAAUGAUAAAGCUUUGAUAACGCUUUUUUAAUACAAUCCCCAAAACUAGUGGUUUUCUGUUAUUUUAGGUUUAAAUUUUAUUUAUAUUUAAUUUAAAAUACAGGCAUACAUUCCCCUAUAAAAGAAGGCUGGUAGGUAUUGACGUUGGAGUUCCCUCGUGAGACUAACACAGAUUUUAUAGGUUAGCUCCUGAAGGAAAAAAUCAUCCUUGCGUAAAGGAAUGCACCACUUAAAGCUUUAGUUAGAGCUUUAAUAAUCCAUACAGCUUAGUGCAAUCCAUUAGUUUGAGUUAAUUUUAACUAAGGUGAUCAGUAACUCAGUAAUAAUGGCUUAAGAAGAAGAAAAAAGUAUUUUUUUUUUAGUUUCUUGGAGCAGAGGACAUUAAACUGAGUAAGGUGAAACUUAAAAUACUAAAAAUUACAAAUUCAUUUCCAGUUUGGGCUUCAGUGCUACUUACUAAUUGUACACCCUUACACUGCUUCCCAGCUCAGAUUUGUACUGCAGCAUCUUCCACAUUUGCCACCUCUCUGCCAGUGGGUAAAUCACUGUAAAAAUACUUUGCUUUUUAGUCUUACAGUCUUGCUGUUGCAGUAAUAUAUGCCUAGAUCAGUUCCUGCCAUAGUUUUGCUUUCUUUGGCAGAGUAAUAGCAGCUUUAUUCCAGGGUUUUCACCACCUCUAACUGCUGAUUAUAGAUCAGCAUUGGCUUCAUAUAACAGGAUAUUAGCAAUCUUCCAUUGAAAUGAAAUUGAUGAAAGAAAUGCACUUAAGAGAGACAGUGGCAUGACCUGCCAUUGUACAACACUACACAAUGAAGUUUCUUUACGGAUUUUCAUUGCAAGACCGUGGCAUCCAUAGGGGUUUAACAAACAGUUUAGAAGAUUCAUAUAAAAUCCUGAAAGUAAAUACGGGGAAAAAACCUACAUGAAGGCUUCUGGAACUGCAACUGAGUAGUUAUACAAGCUACACAUACAAAAAUGUCUUAUUUUAAAAACAAAUAUUACUUAGGUGUCUGUAGAAGGCUACGUAAGUCUUCGUGGAGGGAAGAAGAACCAGUUUAAAUUAAUUCUCAGUUAAUCGUGAAUAAGGCCACUUUCCCAGUUUUGAUCAAAAAGGUAAGAGGAUUUUACUUGGGUUUUUCUUUAGUCUCUCAAGACACAAAGCAGCUACUCAAGCUACAGAAGGUCAACUGUAAUUGCUGUCCUGGAUUUUGGGUCACUUCCCUGACAUGGGGCACUUUUGAGGUGUCCUGUCAGGUUCACCCACAUCCCAGAUCCCUUUCACAUGCUGGGUCAUCCUGCAGUUUUGCUUCAUGCUUUAAAUCCUACUUUCUAAUUUAACCCCAACACAAUCUUUUGUUUUGAUCUUUGAUAGACAGAUCUUAUUUGAUAUAAUCUAGCCCUGUCUCCCGUUUUUUGACAGCAUCUUACUUUUAGCUUAGUCAAUUUGUAUACCCCAGUAACAAAUAAUAACACUGGUUUUCUUCUACAGCAUUUCGCUCAUUAGGGGAUGGGAGCUGUCGCAGAUGUUGCUUCACCUCCUCUGUCAGAGACUGAUUUUUUGCUACUCAAAUGAUUUCCCUUAAAGCAUUUGUUUUCGAAUGUUGAGACGACAGCAAAGGAAUGUCGGUCAACACUUUGUCUCUUGCGAACAGCCCAGCUGAGCUUGCUGCCCAGAGAGAUCAUGCUGGAGUUCUGCCGGUAGGUGGAGCAGGGGCAGAACAGGACCUGAGAUUUGCCCGAGAGCACCCUAGAAGGAGCAUCCCCCUCCCACUUACUCCCUCCUCCCCCCCCCCCA